CCACCUCCACUCUCCACUCUUACAUAUUUUUGGCCGACGUUGUCAGAAAAAAAAUAAAUACCCAAAUCACCUCCCAAAAUUAAAAUUAGGCCCAAUUUCUGUUUCAAUCUUCAUUCGAUCCGACGAUGAAAUUAGGAAAGCAAGUGCAGACAGAAACCACAGGGAUUCGAUUCAAUUCGAUUAAAAAUUAGUUCUUUGUUCAUUUCGCAUAUACAUACAUAUAUCCAAAUUUUUGUGUUUGCCCUAGGAAUUUUCAGCAACUCUUCCUUUCAAUCUCCGAAGAGAUCCAUCGUUCUUUCCGUCUCCCAUAUUGUUAUAAUUUCAAAUUUCCAAUUCCAUUUCUGUAUUUUUUUCGAGGAUUUCGAUUUCUCAAAUUUAUUCCUAAAAUGGCGAACGCAUCUGGGCUGUUGGGUCCGACGGCGCCCAUUUCGCGCCGCCGGUUUUCCCCGACCGUACGGAUUCACCGAUCCGGAAUUUCCCUACACGACGUCGUUUUGAAGAGGGUCGUCUGCUCCGCCACAGCUCACGGCGCCGAUAAGCUCUCCUCCUCCUCCGCCGCCGGAGCUCCAAGACUGGUUAGUAGAGGCUGCAAGUUAGUUGGAUCUGGUUCUGCAGUGCCGAGUCUUCAGAUAUCGAAUGACGAUCUCUCCAAGAUUGUCGAAACUUCUGAUGAAUGGAUAUCUGUUCGCACCGGCAUUCGAAAUCGAAGAAUACUUUCCGGAAAUGAUAGUUUGAUCGAUCUUGCUGUCGAGGCAUCGAAGAAAGCUCUCGAAAUGGCAGAGGUCGAUCCCGACGACGUCGAUCUCGUCUUGCUGUGCACGUCGACUCCCGAGGAUUUAUUCGGCAGUGCUCCACAGAUUCAAAAAGCGCUCGGAUGCAAAAACAAUCCUUUAGCGUUCGACAUCACAGCUGCGUGUAGCGGUUUCGUUUUGGGCUUAGUUUCGGCAGCUUGCUAUAUCAGAGGAGGCGCGUUCAAGAAUGUUUUGGUGAUCGGCGCCGACGCACUAUCCCGCUACGUCGAUUGGACGGACCGAGGAUCGUGUAUCCUCUUCGGCGACGCUGCUGGCGCCGUCUUAGUACAGGCCUGCGAUCACGAAGAGGACGGUUUGUUUGCGUUCGACUUGCAUAGCGACGGGAACGGGAAUAGACAUUUGCAUGCUCAAAUGAAGGAGAAUGAGAAAAACGACGAGGCCGGGACCAACGGAUCGCUCCUCGGAGUACUACCGAAAGGCUCAUCGUACUCGUGCAUUCAGAUGAACGGUAAGGAGGUGUUCCGUUUCGCCGUUCGCGUCGUUCCGCAGUCGAUUGAGUUGGCUCUGGCGAAGGCGGGCCUAUCGGGGUCGAGCAUUGACUGGUUGCUCCUUCACCAGGCGAACCAAAGAAUCAUCGAUGCAGUGGCGACGCGGCUAGAGCUGCCGUCGGAACGGGUGAUAUCGAACCUGGCGAAUUACGGGAAUACGAGCGCGGCGUCGAUUCCACUGGCGCUCGACGAGGCGGUGCGGAGCGGGAAGGUGAAGGCCGGCGAUACGAUAGCCGCCGCCGGUUUUGGGGCAGGACUCACUUGGGGCUCGGCCAUCGUUCGAUGGGGCUGAGGUUUGUGUCUGUGUUGGUUUCUGUGUAAUAGGAACAAUUUCUUGUCUGCAACUUUGUGUGCUCUUCUUUCUUCAAUGAAUGCUUAUUCUUUCUUGCA